CUGUCUGUAACCGGACGAAGUUGUAUCGUUCGAUGACAAGGCCGAUACCAAUCGUUAACGGCUGGCGACAUCUCCACGGCUUCGCUGACGCCCUGCUCCAUCGUCCAUCGUUCAUCUUCGAGUUCUUCCGGUUGCGUCGGCGUCUGCGGCGUUUCGUGUUGGAUGGAACCUUGGCUCGCGCUGAGACUUGCUUGCGCCUUCUCUGUCGGUUCACCGGCUGUUAACCACAAAAACGGUGUUCGCGAGACCCGAUUCUAGACCCAGGAUUCUAGCCUUCUCUGGCUUCCAGAUCGUACAGAGCCCCUGUGGCUCGUCACGAAGUAAUGUGGUAUCCACCCUUUGCCUUGCUACGUCAAAAUGUCAUUUCUAUUCUUUUCCCCAACGAGAUAGGUGGAAAGCUCGAUGGAUGUUGGAUCGUUUUGUGUUCGCUGCCAAGGUCGGCUCCUGGCGCCCUUAUGUUUGAUACAUAACGACACGUCUUCUGUUUUGAUGAUCGUGCUUUAGGUAACAUAUCUUUUCCUUCUUUCCUUCCCGCUGUCGAGUGCUUUCUACAACGCCGCUUUUGGCCAUGAAUCUUUCCACCCCUUGCGCAUUGAGGAAGUCAAGGUCGAACUGCGGAAACGAUGAAUCUGUGUAAAACAUUUGACGACAGCAAGGCCGAUUAGCUUGCCGUCUGUCGCGUGCCGUAUCAGGGUCUUCCCAGCAUUUGCGAGCUUCGGGAACUUUGUAUCUUAUGUCGGGCAUGUUCGUCCUUCACAUCACCAAUUUCAUCGCUCGUUUUGGCGGGCGGUGACUACAAUCAACGACGUUUUCAGUCAAUCUUCCAGGGCAUAUGUCACGACCAACAAGCACACUGACGUACGCGGGCACAACGACUGCACUCGAGGUUUUUAUUUUAAGGUGGCGUUGCCCUCGUUAAGCUGUAGUGACAUUGUCCACCACCGUAGCCUUCAGUUCAAUACCCCUCAGCUGCCCAUGUGCGAGCACGAAGUUGUUGGCGACUAUUACCGUGGCUGUCAACAUUUCCACGGCCGGUAUUACACGGGCGAAGUUAAGGACUGCAAGGCGGAGAACUGCAAAACGAGUAGCAACCACGUGCACAAGACGGUGCGACGGUGCGACUGCCCGACGGUAAUGACAGAGCUUCGCCGCGUUCAAAACAUGAUCCAGAUGCCACACGAAGACUGCGCGCCGGCCUUCCCUCGUCGGUGAACGGCAUAUGUGGGAGAUGACGUCCUCGGCCUCUUCUGCCUGGAAUCACGUGUGCACAUGCUUUGCCGCCCGCUGUUCGCUGCGGUCACUUCCCGCAAUAGGUUAACCUUUCGUCUGCGAUGCUGUGUUCUUGACGCUGUUAUAUAUGCUAUAUGGCCGUCUUCCCACAUUUUACUUCGGGCUUAGCGUUCCUUAC